CCACUAGCAUAGAAAAGCUCAAGUUUUGGCACUUUGAACCAUCCGAGGAGCACGACAACGCGACACCGGAAGAGCAGCACAAGGAAUUCAUGGCCAAUCUCGUGACCAGGUUGGUUUACACUUGUAACCACCUGCAGUCCGAGUUGGCGAACCUCCAGCGGGCCGUACGGAAACACAAGGCUCAGAACGAGGAUGCAGCACGGGCACUUGAUUCCCGUGUACAGGACUUGGAGCAAACUGCACCAAGACCGGAGGCUUGCGAGUCCAGCAGUGCACCCUCUGCCCGCCAACUGGAGGAACGAGUUGACCACGUAGUCGCAAUCCUCGGCGACAUCAGUACCUUCGCUGCACCAGCCACCAUCAGCGAUCAGUUGGACACCUUGAAGACCGAGGUUCUGCAACUGCACCAGCUGCCUAACAAGCAUGGCAACACCAUGCAACACUACAAGAUGCCGACAUUUCAAAUCGAGAAGUUCGAUGAUUAUACGCAUCAAGACCCGGUGCUCUGGUGGGAGGGCUUUACAACGCAACUUCGGAUUCUGUUCGUCGCCAAGCACACGUACAUCGGCGCCCUGUUCCUCAACUCAAAGGGCGGAUGCCAGAUCUGGUUGAGCCACCUGGCAACCGUCCACGGCGUCGACGUCGCAGAUCUGAAAGAUAAGAUCUCUUGGGAAGAGUUAACACGACUAUGGAAGAAGCGGUUCAUCGUGGACGACGCUCCGACGCUCGCCAUCAACCGCCUCUUCGCUAUGACGCAAGGCAACACAGCAACACGCGACUGGCUCACGGAAUGGCAAAAGAUCGCGGCAACGCCCGAUCUAGAAUUGCCAUUUUCGCAUCUGCGCCGAGAGUUCUACAACCGGUCAUGUGCCGCCUUGAGCCUUGCACUUGGUGAUCGCGAGCAGUAUGCAACCUUCGCUGAAAUCAUCGAGAAGGCAAGGGAGAUCAUCAAGACUAAUAGGGCAGCUGCACAUGAGAAAUCAGCAUGGCAGCCAACCUACGUGGAGACGGUGAAAACUGGUCCGCGGCCGCAGCAUGUCGCUGCAGUCCAAUCAGACAACAUUGUGGAAGACCUGGCAGCCACCCAAGCGUCACGUGAGGGAGAUCAGGUGGCUGCUGUCCAGCCGCGAAGCAACAACAAGUCCCGAGGAAACGGGAAGGCAAAAACCGCAUCGCUGACCGGAAACGGACAGCCAGCACCAUGGGUCAAGUUUCACUUGACCGAGGCAGAAUACAAGUGGCGCGACCGCUACGGCUGCUGCUAUUGGUGCAACAGCACCAAGCACAGGGCCUCCCAAUGCCCUGAUCAAGGCAAGGAGGAUGUUCGGCCUCGUAUCAACUCGGGAAGACGAGAUACGCGCGAGUCGAUUGCCGAAACCGCAUUGCAAUGUGCUCAUGGCACAAUUGCGGGAUUACUUGCACACUGCAGUACCAACUCCGUUGACGGACGCCGGGGUAGAGGUUGUCGACCUCACAAUUACAUUGCGAAGAUCGACCGCGAGUUCAGGACACAACGGUACGACGACAUCGACGCACCAUUGUUGUAUGUACGCAUUCAGAUCGGAGAGGCGACCUGCAGCGCUUUGAUCGAUUGCGGAGCAUCUCGCAACUACGUAAGCCAGGACUUUAUGGUACGCGCCGGCCUUGGCCCACGCGUCCGGAGGAAGUCCCAGCCUAUGCAAGUCACGUUGGCAGAUGGUCACACGCACAAGUCAAUCGAUCCGUGCAUUGAUGACGUCGCCGUGUACUUUGCCCCGCAUGCAAGCGAGGCGGUGUCCUUCGAUAUUUUGGACACCAAAUUCGACAUGAUCUUGGGCAUGUCAUGGCUGUGAAGCGAGGAUCACCCGGUGAACUUCUACCGCCGCAC